AUGACAAGCAGCAUUGAUUUUGCGUCCAUCCACUUGUCAGUUCAGUUAAAAAUUUGGUCACCAAAAUUGCUAAGAUUUCUGAUUUAUGUCGAAAAUUGUGACUUGAAAGUGCUGCAAACUAAUUUGGCUUUUAUGAUACAAACUAAUAAAUUGGAUUUUGGAGACAGCUAUCUUGAAGUUUUCGAGUUUAUUCUCAUUAAUGAUGGACAUUUUGUUUAUUUUGCAUCAAUCGAGUGGUUCACAGCUGUCAAAUGCAAUGAAGUUCAGCUUGUUAUUAUAAAUACAUUUGACAAAAAGACUCAAAAAUGGACGGAAACGAUGAAAAAUUAUGAAAAAUUUAAGAAUUUUCAUGGCUGUAACUUAAGAAUGGGAGCUUUCAAUUCAACUGUUGCUCCUUGUUGGGGUAAGAUAGUCAAGGAUCAGAAUAAAUCAGAGUACAUAGGUGUUAAGCCAGACGUGUUUUAUAUUAUCUCAAAAAUUGCAAAUUUCACUCCAAGCGCUAUUACUGACAUUAAUGGUGAAAUUGAGGAUGCUGAUGUUUACUUUCAUGUUUAUGACUUUCGAUCAAUUGGAACAUUUAAAUAUCACAUGACGACAAGCUUUAUUGAGAUAUCUAAGAUCGUCAUUACAACACCUGGAGAGCUUUAUACGUCUUACGAGAAGCUGUGGCUUCCUUUUGAUGAUGCAACUUGGACGAUUCUUAUUUCAACAUUUUUAAUAGCUUUUGCUGCAACUUUUGUUAUUUAUCAACUUCCGAUAAUCAUUCAAAUUGGAGUUUUUGGUGAGAAUGUCAAAACACCGUCGCUCAAUGUUUUCAGCACAUUUUUUGGAAUUCCACAGAUUAAGCUCCCAAAAAGUUACAUUCCAAGGUUCAUUCUCAUUUUAUUUGUCUUUAUGUGCUUGAUUUUUCGAACUUGCUAUCAAAGUAAAUUUUUUGAAUUUUUAACAAGUGAACCUAGGCGGGAUCCACCAAAAACGGUACAGGAGUUGUAUGAUAAAAAUUACACAAUGUACUGGACUUCAAAUGUUGAAAUUUUAAGCAGCAUGAUUAAAAAUGACGAAAAUUUGUGGCCUCAAGUUCACAACGUAAGCGGUGAAGAUUAUUAUAACAUUUUCAUGACUCAAUCGAGAAAUGCAUCAGCAAAAAUUGCAAUAAUUAUGGAUGAGUUUGCUCUUAAAAUGCAUAACAGCUAUGGAAGCAACAUAAAAUGGCAAAAAAUUCCAAAUUAUAGCAUUUGGGUCAGUCAAUGUGGAUUUGGAUUUAGAACAAACAACUAUUUCUUUCGUAUUGUUGACGAGACUGUCCAAUGGCUUGUGUCAGGUGGAAUUAUGACUCGAUUGAUACAAAAAUGUUAUCCAUCAAAACGAAAUAGAAUCGAGAUCAAAACACCAUCUGUGUUUAAAGUUGAGAACUUGGACUUUGGAUUCGUCAUUUGGAUUGGAUGUUGUGCUGCUUGUGCCAUUUGUUUUGUUGCUGAAUCCUUUUAUUGGAUCUUUUAUAAUAUUUUUAAGGAUAUAAGGAACAAAAAUACACCAAAAAAGGUUAAGUUCGCUAAAAUUAGUCCAUUUAUGAUUGAUUUACAGCAAAUUGAUCAAAAUUGUCUUAAAGAUCAAUAUUUAUUUAGAAUCAAUAAGCCAAAGAUAAAGGAAAUAUGCAGCAUAAAUGAGGAAAUAAAUGACAACGAAUCAAAAGUAUUUGGAGAAUUUGUUCAUAGGCUUGUGCUAGGUGGAAGAUCUAAACCUUAA